AUGGAGGAAGUUGAUGUAAUCAUCGUUGGUGCGGGUCCUUCUGGCAUAGCUACUUCUGCAUGCCUUAACCGCCUCAAAGUGUCCAACGUUGUUAUCGAAAGAGAAGACUGCUAUGCUUCUCUAUGGAAGAAAAGAUCUUAUGAUCGACUGAAACUUCAUUUGGCCAAGGAAUACUGCGAACUUCCUCACAUGCCAUACCCUAAAAACACACCAACCUUUGUCCCCAAACUCGACUUCGUCCGCUACUUGGACAACUACGUCGCUCACUUCCAAGUGUCCCCUCUCCUAAACCGACACGUGGAAUCUUCUUUCUACGACGACAACAUCUCCAAAUGGUCUGUUGUCGUUAGAAACUUGGUCACUGAUGCAUACGAAGUUUACUUUGGUAAAUUUCUUGUGGUGGCUAGUGGGGAGAAUAGCCACGGCUAUAUUCCUCCAGUCAACGGCUUAGACAACUUUCGAGGAAAAGUCAUACAUUCCAGCCAAUAUGACAAUGGAAAGAGUUAUAGCAGUAAGAAUGUUUUGGUCGUUGGUGCUGGAAAUUCGGGCAUGGAGAUUGCCUACGAUUUAUCAAAUUGGGGUGCCAAUACUUCCAUUGUUGCUCGGGGCCCGGUGCACUUACUGAGUGAGAAUAUUGUGAAACUGGGAAUGUUUCUAUUGAAAUUCUUGCCUAUCAAAUUUGUCGAUACUAUCGUUUUGGCUUUGGGUAGAUUAAAGCAUGGAAAUGUGUCUGAGUAUGGGCUUCAAACACCAACAAAAGGACCCUUUUUCCUUAAAGUAAAGACUGGUCGAUCUCCUACCAUUGAUGUUGGAUCUGUGGCAAGGAUUAAAUCAGGAGAAAUAAAGGUAUUUCCGUCCAUAACAAGCGUUCAAGAAAACUGUGUUGAAUUUGAGUACGGCAAAAGUCGUUGCUUUGACGCCAUAAUCUUUGCGACUGGUUAUAAAAGCACUGUCAGAAAUUGGCUUAAGGGUGGGGAGGAUCUUUUCAAUGAAGAAGGAAUGCCUCGACUAAGGUUGCCGAAUGAGUAUUGGAAAGGCAAAAGUGGGCUUUACUGCGCUGGAUUCUCGUCAAGAGGAUUACUAGGCAUUUCACAAGAUGCACAAAAUAUAGCUCAAGAUAUCAGUUUUAAUUUGACUACAAAAUGGAGAGACUAA